AUGUGUUCAAACAUCGGAAUAAAUCUAGUGUUGGCUAUAAUUUGUAUUAAUAUUAUAGCGAAUAGUCAUUGCAUUGAAUAUAACGUUAAAAAUGCUAACAAUGUUAUCAUUCUGUUUGCCGAUGACGCGGGUCUUGAGACUCCUGUAUAUAAUAAUACUGUUUGCAAAACACCAAACAUAGAAAAUUUAGCCAAAAGGAGUGUUAUAUUCACCGAAGCGUUUACAUCUGUGAGCUCAUGCUCUCCAAGUCGUUCAACACUCCUGACUGGUCUACCGUCCCAUCAAAACGGGAUGUAUGGACUCCAUCAAAGUGUCCAUAACUUCAACUCAUUUGAUUCAGUUAAAAGUUUACCAAACAUUUUGAGUCAGUACAACAUACGCACCGGUAUAAUUGGUAAGAAACACGUCGGUCCACAACAGGUCUAUACAUUUGACUUUGAAUACACUGAAGAAAACUAUCCAAUUAAUCAAAUCGCAAGAAAUAUAACUAACAUUAAAAAUUUAGUCCAUCUUUUUCUUAAUGAUAACGACACCAGACCUUUUUUAUUAUACAUUGCAUUUCAUGACCCUCACCGCUGCGGUCACAUUACUCCACAAUUUGGCAAUUUUUGCGAAAAGUUUGGAAAUGGAGAAAAAGGAAUGGGAUUAAUACCCGAUUGGAAACCCGUUUAUUAUUCUGUCAAUGAUAUAAAAGUUGCCUAUUAUUUACCCGACACCAGACCUGUCAAAGAGGAUAUAAGUGCUCAAUACACUACAAUAAGUCGAUUAGAUCAGGGGAUUGGAUUAAUUAUCAAUGAACUGCAAGAGUCUGGUCUAUUAAAUAAUACAUUAAUCAUAUAUUCAUCAGACAAUGGACCGCCAUUUCCAAUGGGAAGAACCAAUUUAUAUGACCCCGGAGUCAGAGAACCUCUUCUUAUAUCUAAUCCAUUAAAGCCUGAAAUGUGGAAUAAGCACAUCUCAACUCCAGCAACUCUAUUAGAUGUAGUUCCCACUAUACUUGACUGGUUUGAUAUACCAAUUCCCAAAUACAAACUUUUUGGUAAAAAAGUUUAUUACACAGGAAAGUCAUUACUUCCAUAUACAGCACAGGAUAUCAAUGAAGAAGAUCGGGAUGUAUAUGGAAGUCAUACUUUUCACGAGAUAACAAUGUAUUAUCCCAUGCGGUCUAUCCGUACUUCAAGAUAUAAGCUGAUCCACAAUAUUAAUCAUUACUCUCCAUAUGGUAUCGAUCAGGAUCUAUAUCUUUCUCCAACAUUUCAAUAUAUAUUGAACAGAACUCAUCAGUUGUUACCAAUUUAUUGGUUUAAAACUUUACAACAAUAUUAUUAUAGGCAAGAGUUUGAGUUAUUUGAUUUGAAAUAUGAUUCAAUAGAAGCCAAAAACAUAUACUCUUACAUGAAAUAUAAUAAUAUAACUAAAAAUUUGAAGAAUAAAUUGAAGAAAUGGAGAACCAUUACAAACGAUCCAUUCAUAUGUUCACCACAUUAUGUAUUGCAAGACACAGGAGAUUAUAAAUCUCAUCCAAAAUGUUUGCCAUUAUUUAAUCAAAAAAUUCAUAAAGAAAUUGAUAUCACAUUGAAUUAG